AUGGCUCCGGAACCGAGUUUCGCUGUCGCCUAUAUCAUCGCUGAGGAAGAUCCGAACUGCGUGUACGAUGGCGGCGCCGCGCCGAGAUGGACUCGCAAUUUGGACCGAUCACAGGCGACUUCCGUCGAUGAUCAUGACGGUAGUCCGACGGAGCGGUGUGGCAUGUCGGGGGGCAUUGCCACGAGUAAGACGGACGAGCGCGCAUCGGUUUCGGGAAGCGUCAGCAAGGUAUCCGACGAAGCCGCCGAAAAGGGCUCUGCCGCGUCCGAAGCUGCCUCGACGUCCAUCACCGGCGGAACCUCGCAGAAUGGAUCGAAUGGAUAG